AUGCCGAAAAAGGAAGCCAGGUGCACAGAAUUAUUUGCGGGAUUUCGGAAUGAAUUAUGUAUGCAUGACAAGCUCCACCUCAAUAUUGGAUUGCCAUCAGAAUGUGCAGAAGACAAAGAUGAUUUCACUUUGGAAAUUGAAAAACUUCAGGCCACUCUUCAAGAAAUGCUCGAUUGCACGAGCAGCCCGAGUACCUCUCUUGAUUCUGCCGAUAAACUUCAAGCAGGUUUGGCUGCCCGCCGUCUCAUCCGAAUCGCAAGCGAACAUCAUCACCUCUCGACGACGUCUUCAUGUCACUCAGACUCUGGAAACUCUUCAUCUCGCGACUUUGUCUCUCCUUUCACAGUUCAUGGUGGUGCAUCAAUUGGAAGAUUGAUACUUAUUGAUAUUGUUCGUAGAGACGAUUUGAUAGGAAUAGUCAAUCCCAACGAUAUUUUACUUACCGUGGAGAAUAUAAAAAUAUCCGGAAUGGUUCGAUCAGAAGUGAAUCGGAUAUUGGAGGAUAUGAUGCGAGAGCAUGAUCAGAUUGCUAUAGAAAUACUUCCAGCUGGAGCCAUAAGUGACGAUAUUUGCGAACUUCUUGCCGAUAGAAAGUCUCCUGGAGAACUUCAAACGAUUAUUCGAGAAAACUUAUAUCAGAAAACAGUUCCUUAUAUGCUAAAUUCAAAAAUACAAUCCAACGAAUGUCCUCCAAUGUUUUGA